AUGUACGACCUGGACUACUUCAACAACUGGACCGGCCGGGUGUGCAAGCUGCUGAAGAGCCUGUACGGGCUGAAGCAGUCGCCGCUGCAGUGGAACCGGGCGCACGACGCUGUGCUGAUGGGCGCCGGUUGGAAGAAGAGCCAGGUCGACGAGGCGUUGUACUUCAAGGUCGGCGACGACGGAGUGGCCUGCUGGGUGCUGGUCUACGUCGACGACCUGCUCGCCGCCAGCAGCAGCGCCGCGAUGCUGAAGGAGCUGAAGGAGCUGCUGGAGGCCGCCUUCAAGCUGCGGGAGAUCUCGCCGAUGGAGAAGUACCUUGGGCUGGAGAUCGUUCGCGACAGGUCGGUGAGGAAGCUGUCGCUUCACCACCAGGGCUACGCUGACAAGCUGCGUAGGCGCUUCAUCGACGAGGAGCAGACCAGGCGCACCCCAAAGACGCCGGUCUCGGUCGACGCCUACGCUGAGCUGACGUUCGACGACGAGGAGGCACAGGAGCGCCAGGAGGAGGAGUACCGGCAGAAGGUCGGUUCGCUGCAGUUCGCGGUGACGACGACGAGGCCGGACAUCGCCUUCACCUGCAGCAAGCUGGGGAGCGGCCUCACGGUGAGGAGCGACCAGCACUGGCGCGAGGUCGACCGCUGCCUCGCCUACCUCGCCAACACUCAUGACACCGCCCUGGAGUUCGGCGAUGGGCCAGAGACGCUGGAGCUGGUCGGCUACGUGGACGCCGAUGACGCUGGCGACAAGCAGAACCGGACGAAGGAGUACGUGGCGGCAACUGAGGCCGGCAAGGAGGGACGCCGCCUUCGCUUCCUCCUUGCAGAGUUCCGGGAGCUGGACGCUGGGAUGCCAACUGUCCUUCGGGUGGACAACAAGUCGGCCAUUUCGGUCGUCGAGGGCAUGGGGCUGACGGGCAACCUCAAGCACAUGGAGCGACGCUACGCCUGGCUGCAGCACAUGGUGAAGCGCGGGAAAUUUACGCUGAAGUACAUCCCGACCACUGAGCAGCCGGCCGACUUCCUAACGAAGGCGCUGCACUACCCGGCCUUCAACCGGUGCUUCGUCGCAAUCGGCCGAGUGCGUCUGGCCGACAUGGGUGACAUCGCCAACGAUGUGUAG